GUUCGCGCUCAGUCCGCGGCUCCGUGAGUGGGGCCGGGUCAGGGCGCGCCCCACUGGUCCCGGCGUGGGUGGCCGGGAUCUCCCCGAUUCCCGAGGGAGAGCCGGCUGGGUGGGGCGAAAGGACGAAGGGGGAGCAGGAGGGACUAGGGAGGUCAGAGGUCAGCCUGGGGGUCAGGGACGUCCGAGGUUAUCAGCGGGCGGGGCUGGAGCGGGAGAGGGUCCCAGGAAGGUUAGAGUCCAGAAGGGGCGGAGCUGGAGCGUGUCGGGUGGGCAGGGGGCGCGGGGAGUUCGGGAGAGGCGGGCUGGUGUGUAGGGGCCCCAGGGAGGUCAGGGAUCUAAAGGGCCUGGGAGGGUGCGUCCCGGGGGAGGUCAGGGGUCGGGCGCGUGCCCCCUCACCCCCGCCACUCUCGGCACUGCAUGGGGCUCCCCGGCCUGCGGGCGGCGGCCUGGGCCCUGAGGAGAGCCUGCGGACCGUGGACCCCGCACCUGGGACCGCGCCCCCUCUGUUUGCACCCAAUGGCCGGGAACGGGGAGACCCCUGUGCCUGUGGGAGCCAAACAGGAGCACGACAAGAAGGCCCGGAGUGGCUGGCAGGGCCCCACCAGGGUCUGGGAGGAAACAGAGCAGCAGGCCAAAAAGCUCAAGAGCAGUGAGGAUGGGGAGCAGCAGAGGAAGCUGCCCAAGCGGAAGAUCGUGCUGCUCAUGGCUUAUUCUGGGAAGGGCUACCACGGCAUGCAGAGGAAUGUUGGGUCCUCGAAAUUCAAGACCAUCGAAGAUGACCUGGUGUCGGCCCUGGUCCGCUCGGGCUGUAUUCCUGAGAAUCACGGGGAGGACAUGCGGAAGAUGUCUUUCCAGCGCUGCGCCCGGACGGACAAGGGCGUGUCUGCGGCCGGCCAGGUCGUGUCCCUGAAGGUGUGGCUGAUUGAUGACAUUUUAGAAAAGAUCAACAGCCACCUUCCAUCUCACAUUCGGAUUCUGGGACUGAAGAGGGUCACGGGCGGCUUCAACUCCAAGAACAAGUGCGACGCCAGGACCUACUUCUACAUGCUGCCCACGUUUGCCUUCGCCCAUAAGGACCACGACUCGCAGGACGAGACGUACCGACUGAGCGCGGAGACGCUGGGGCGUGUGAACCGGCUCCUGGCCUGCUACAAAGGCACCCACAACUUCCACAACUUCACCUCCCAGAAGGGGCCCCAUGAGCCCAGUGCCCGGCGCUAUAUCCUCGACAUGUUCUGUGAGGAGCCCUUCGUGCGUGAGGGCAUGGAGUUCGCUGUGAUCAAGGUCAAGGGCCAGAGCUUCAUGACGCACCAGAUCAGGAAGAUGGUGGGGCUUGUGGUGGCUAUCAUCAAGGGCUAUGCGCCUGAAAGUGUGCUGGAGCGCUGUUGGGGGGAGGCCAAGGUGGACGUGCCCAAAGCGCCGGGGCUGGGCCUGGUCCUGGAGCGGGUGCACUUUGAGAAGUACAACCAGCGCUUUGGCCACGACGGGCUGCACGAGCCACUGGACUGGGCACGGGAGGAGGCAGAGGUCACAGCCUUCAAGGAGCAGCACAUCUACCCCACGAUCAUUAGCACCGAACGCCAGGAGAGGUCCAUGGCCCAGUGGCUGAGCACCCUGCCUAUGCAUGACUUCAGCGCCACUGCCCACGCUGCUGCUGGCCUAGGCACCAAGGCCCCCAGCUCCCUGGAAGGCAGUGACGGGGUCGGGGACAGUGACUGAGGCCCUGGGAACAUCUUGGAAGUGGCCCACGACACGUGCCGGGACCUGCCAGCCUGCUGUUGGCUGUGUGCCUUCGCCAGAUGGGAGAGCCCCCGCAUGCCCUCUUCACCUCAGGGUCUUGUGACCUGCGUCAUUCUGAGUUUUCCUCACAGGGAGAACCUGCUGCAAAUCUAUUUUCAGCUCAACAUGUUGACUACACACACCUGAGCAUGUAAAGACUUAUUUUUUUAAAGAAGUGAUUUUCUUAUUAAAUAAGUACAAACUUGGC